AUGCGCCGUCCUAGCCGAUGGGAGAAGGCAGACGAAGCGAGCGAUCCGGACGUUAGCGACGCGGAAGGAAGCGGCGAAGGCGGCGCAGCGGAGAGACGACGGUGGCGGAAAAGCGACGAGGGGAAGCAACAGCAUGAGGAGGGGAAGCAGCCGCAUGGUCGCACCAGGCAAGGCCACACCGAAUCGCAUCAUACAUCCCGCCACCGUCAUCACCACCACCACCACCGGCAUAAGGACCGAUCCAGGCACACGCGCCGUCGGCACAACGAAUCGGACGACUACGAAUCGCCGGGAUCCGCGUCAGAUUACGAAGCAUCUCGCGACAAUGACGCGGCGGAAGGUCCUCCAACCGUCCCUGCUACAGCCGCUAUAGCUGCUACAGCUACUUUCGCGACGCCAAUAGGCGGCAGCGGGGGUGCCGCCUUCCCUUACCGAAAGGACCGUCAUUCCGCUAAUAGGUCUUCCGGAUCCGCGAAACGCGCGCACAGCAGGGAGGAGGAGGAGAAUGGCGAGGGGUUGGAUCGUCAGCGGCAGAUUGAAGGAGAGAGAAGCCGGGACCGGGACGACGAUAGGGAGUCUAAACGCCGGAGAAGGCACCGAUUGGAGAAGGGGGAUAGAGGAAUCGGUAGUCCGGAUAGGAGCCACGAUGCCGCUGAUAGAAAUGAUUUUCCGGAUCGCAAUCGGCGAAAGAGUCCGGAGAGAGGAUUUGCGCGGUUGAAAGGGAAGGGAGGCGGUGACGGUCGGCGUGAGCUGUCGUUUCAGGCGGAUCCUGCAGCAAAGGCGUCGCAGAAGACGUCGCAGGCGGCUGUCGCACGGCCUGUCGCAGGGCAGGUUGGCGAUGCGGGCGACGAUGGCGACGACGACGCGCACUGGAACGCGCGGUUCGUGGACAUCGAUGCGAUCGAGGUCGCGUUCGAGGCGCCACGGAGCCCGCUGUUCGAGGAUCUCGAGGCGCCUGAGGACCUAGAGCGGUUCGGGGAAGGUGGGGUAUUAACUACGGAGGCUCUUAUAGGGACGUAUGAAGACAAGCAGGAGAAGCUGGGGGUUUCGCGGCGGGAGGAGCGGAGGGAGAAGGGGAGCAGCAGGAAGGUGACGGAAGCGAGGAGUGAGGACGAGAAAAGAGAAGCGAGGGAGAGGAAGGAUGAUCAGGAGGAAGAGGGACAGAGGGGAGUGGAAAGGAGUGGCCGAGCCGGAAGAGCAAGGCAGGGAGGCAAGGGAGGGGAUGAGGCCGGUGAUGAGGAGUUCAAUCCGGUGAGAAGAAGGGAGGAAGCGGUCGACGAGAAAGAAGAGAAGGGAAGAGAUGAGGAGGACGAGGAGGAGGAGGAGGAGGAAGAGGCAGAGCUUGAGGGAGGUUCAGCAUUGCAUGGUAGCCGGGAGAAAAGGAGGAGCAGGGAGAGGGAGAGGAGGGGGAGAGAGCGAGAGAGGGAGAGAGGAAGGGACAGGGAGCGUGACAGAGAUGGGGAGAGGGACAGGGGGAAAGCACGGGACGAAGGGGUAAGAGGGAAGGAGAGGAGGAGGAGGGAUGUGGAAGAGGAAUGGCAGGGUGACUAUAGGCGUGGUGAUUAUGGCGGGGAAGGGGAGCGUAGGGAGUGGAGGCAUGGGAAGCGAGGAGGCAGGCGGGCAGACUCGCCGGGGCUGUCGUCUUCCUCAGGUAUGCACCCAUGUGCCAGCGUGUUGUCUCAUUCUCUCCUCUCUUCUCACCCUUCCCUCCUCCCUUCUCAUCCUUCCCUCCCUUCUCACCCUUCCCUCCCUUCUCACCCUAAUUUCCCUUCUCCCUCCUUCCUCCCUGCAGAGCACGAGCAGCGCGACAUAAGGAAGGAGAGAGGCAAGGGGCAGAAGGGGCGUCAGCAGCGGCACAAGGAGGAGGACGAGGGCAGCCCAGUGGCAGUGGCCCGGGGCAGCGGAAAGGGUGCCAAGGCGGGCGGUAGAGACGGCAGGACUUUUGAGACUUCUCAAAAGGAAGACGAGGGGAGUCCUGUGGCAGGUCUCAGGGGCGGCGGAAAGGGUGCCAAGGCGGGCGGACGGGAAGGCAGCAAGCGGGGGCAGGGUGGUGAGGGCGAGGGGAAGGUUGAGGCUCCCGUUGCUCGCGAGGCAAGGCAGGGACGCACGUUUGAGGCGCCUGGAAGAGACAGCGAGGGGCGGGCACAGGCGGAGGCAGCCGGGAGGGAGGGGGCGACGGGAGGUGAAGGGGAUGAGGCGAAAGAGGGGCUGAAACUAGUGGGGACAGGGAAGGGUGGUGGUGGUGCUGCUGGUGACGCUGGUUUUGUGGGUUCAACGCUGCUUAUGAAGGGAAGGGAAAGGGCAGAGGUGGGUGAUGGAAGCGGAAAGAGGGGGGCAGCGAGCGCGAAGGGAGGAAAGGGAGAAGAGGGCGAGAAGGGGGAGAAGGGGGAGAAGGGUGAGAAGGGUGAGAAGGGGGAAAGGGAGGGGUCGAUUGGAGAAGGAGGACGGGAAGGGGGAGGAGGAGGACGAGAAGGGGGAGGAGGAGGAGGGGGACGAGAAGGGGGAGGAGGAGGAGGAGGAGGGGGAGGUGGGGCGGAUGCGUCCAACGACCCUUCUCUCCCCCCUCCCCCGCCCCUUCGCCCUGGUAUAGACGCACCCUCUGUUCUCCCUGCUCCACCGAACCUACCCGCAGGUACGGAAGGCCUGCUUACCCCUGGCAGGUCCGGCAAUGCCGCAGCAGCGGCAGCAGCAGCGGCAGCAGCAGCAGCAGCAGGGGGGAUGGCUGGGCCUGGGGGACCGGGGGGAAUGGGGGGAAUGGAGCCUGGGGGCGCGGGGAGGAGGGGAAUGGGCGGACCAAGAGUCAUGGGGCGGAGGGAAGGAGGGGGCAGCGGGAUGCUGCGCCCUGGGGAAGCAUGGAGGGGCGGAGGGGGAGGGCCACAGGGGUUUCUGCCCGGAUGGGGGGGAAUGGCGGGUCCUAGGGGACAACCGGGCCCAGGAGGCGGAGCAGGGGUGGGAGGGGGCGGGGGAAUGGGCGGAGCAGGGGGAGGGGGAGCGGCAGGGGCAGGGGGAGCGGGAGGGCAGGGGCUUGUGGGACCAGGAGGUCAGCCUUCCCCGGGUAUGCCUCCCCCAGGCGGCUUCCCCCCUUUUCAUGGGUUCCCAGGCCCAGGGAUGCCUUUUCCUGGGGGGCUGGGUUCAGGGGCGGGGGUUCCGCCCUUCCCUGGGGGCGGGGGGAUGAUGGGCGCGCCCUUCCCCCCGCACCUGGGUGCUGGGGGACCCAGGGGCGCGGGUGGAGGGGGGUCCCCAGGGGCAGGCGCGCACAUGCGCGAAUUAGGGUUUGGGCGAGGGGGGCCUGGGCCGGGGUUUAAACCAGGGGUAGGGGGAGGAGCGGGGGGAGGGGCGGGGGGGAGGCAUGGGGAAGGGGCCGGGGGAUGGAACAGCAGCAAGUGGGGGGAAGGGGAGGGGAAGGGGAGGGGAGAGGGGGAGGGGGCAUGGGAGGCGCAGGGGGCGGGGGCCCUGGGGGAGGGGGGACUGGGGGAGGGGGAGCUGGGGAAAGUGGUGGCGCUGGGGGGGGAGGAGCAGAGUCAGGAGGAGCAGGGGGCGGGGCUGGAAGCGGGGGAGGGAAAGAGGGAGAAGCAGGGAAGGGGGAAAGUGGGGCAGGAGGUGCAGGAGCAGGGGGAGCAGGAGCAGGGGGGGCAGGGGGAGGAGAUGGGGGUAGUGCAGGGGGAGGAGGGGGGGGGGCUGGGUCAGCUGGGGCGGGGCAAGGCGUGGCAGGGAGGGGAGGAGGGGGUAUUUCAGGGGGUAUUUCCCCUGGUGGAGCACCAGCAGCAGCAGCAGCAGAACCAGCAACUGCAACAGAAGAGGCAGGAAAAGGAUUCGGAUGGAAAGGGCAAGGAGGGGGAGGACGGGAAAGAGGAAUCGAAGCAGGAGGGGGAGGAGGGGAGCAAGGGGGAAGCGAAGCGGGGAGUGGGUAAGGGUGAUGAAGGGGUGAAAGGGGCAGUGGUUGAUAAAGUAGUGAAAGAGGAGGGUGCGGAGGAGAGGGAAGGGCAGGAGGUGAAGGAAGAGGACUCGGAGCAACGGCAGAAAGAGCAAAAGCAGCAGCAACAGCAGCCGGAACAGCCGUCUCACUCCCCCGCUUCUCUUCCACCUUCUGCCAUCCCUCACAAGCAACCGCCACAUCAGCAGGUGCCACAUCAGCCACCGCAGACGCCACAUCAGCAGCAUCCGCCUGCGAACCAGGGCAGAAACCGUUGGUCACACCCUGGAAAUUCACCUGGAGGGCCUGGGGGCCACCUGAACACUCCCCCUCUGGGUCCCCUCUCUCCUGGCCUCCUCCCAGGUGCUCCAGGCAUGGGCGGUAGGUUCGGCGCCCACCCAGGCAUGCCCGGACCUGGUGGUAGAGGUCCGGGAGGCGGCAUGGGAGGGCGGGGACCGAUCUUUCCUCCUGGGGGCAUGUGGGAUGGAAUGCCAGGUUCGGGAUCCCCGUUCCUAGGAGGUCCGGGAGGCUGGAUGGGAGGUCCGGGAGGCAUGGGAGGCCCGGGAGUAAGAGGCCCGGGCGGCCCUGGGUUUGGGCCGAACCUGAUGGGUCCGGGAGGAGGGGGAGGCAUGCCUGGGGGAGGAAGGGGCCUUAGAGAUAUGGGAGGGGUGGGGCAAUUCGGAGGGCCUAGGGAUAUUCAUAGAGUAGGUUCGGGAGACAGGCACGGGGAGGGGAGGGGCAGAGGGGAGUUUUUGCGGGAUGGGGAGGGUCGGAGAGGUGGUGGUGGGAGGGGGAUUUUAGGGGGGAUGGGUGUGGGUGGAAGACGAGAAGGGGAGAGGGAAGAGAGAGAGAGGAUGGCUGGGGGGGUUGGGGCUGGGAGAAUGGGAGAGGAUGGUGGGUUGGGAAGGGGAGGUGGAGGGAAGGAGGAGGGAGGGGCAGGAGGGAAGGAGGGAGAAACUCCAGAGGAGAAAGUGAUAGUGACUGGGAGGAAGGUGGAGGUGAGAGCAGUGGCGAGGCUGCUGGGUUCUCUACCUCUUGCUGCUGGUCUCGUGCAUGGGGAGCUUUUAGCUAAGUGUUUGCAUGCAGCGGCAGCAGGGAAGGGAGAAGAGGGGGCGGCGGGAACAGGUGCAGGAGGAGGAGGGGGAGCAGCAGGGGAAGGGGUAGCAGGGGGAGCGGGGGGAGCAAGGGGAGCAGGAGCAGCAGGUGCUGCUGCAACGGGGGGUCCUGCAGGAGUGGCACCUUUCCCCGUUCCUUCUGCUGCCGCUGCUGCUGCUGCUGCUGCUGCUACAGCUGCUGGUGCUAUGGCUGGUGGCGUUGGUGUUGGUGCUGCAGGUGCUAUGGCUGGUGGCGUUGGUGCUGGUGCAGUGGUGCGUGUGCUGCCCUCUGCUGCCGCACCAUCCUCUGCUGCUGCAGCCACUGCUGGGUUGUCUGGGCGUGCUGCAACAGGAGGCGCUGCAGCAGCAGAGGCGGGUGGAGCGGCAGCAGGGGUAGGGACAGAGGCGGCAUUGUCCCAUCUGCCUGCUGUUGAUGCAAACGCUGCCAGGGCGGUUCAGGCAUGUCUGUCUCGUCUUGUGAUUGCACCAGCCACUCACCCAUCGCCGCCACAUCUAUCCACCAAUGCUGCUUCCUCCUCCUCACUCUUUUUCUCCCUACCUCCUGCCCUCCUCUUCUCAUCGCUGCCGCCUUCCAACAAGCCACCAUUCAUCCCCCGCACAAGCCGCUCCGUUACUGCUAUAUUCUCUCACUCCAGUCAAGCUCUGGCGGGAAUUGAAUCACUUCCUCCUUAUCUCGCUUCUCCACCGGUUGUGGAGUUUAACAAAGCGUCUGAAAGCGCGCUUAGCAAAGUGCCAGCCUGGCAGCCACACACCAUACCACCGCCGCAGCAGCAGGCUCGGAAGGCGUUGCAUCAGGCUCGGAAGGGGGGGGAGAAGGGAGUCCGGGGCACUCAAGGCCGCCAUGCAAAGCUGAGGAAGGUUAAGAAAGGAGGGGAAGGAGGGGGAGGGGCAGAAGGAGGAGGGGGAGAAGGAAGAGAGGGUGGGCAAGUUCUCGAGUCGACUCGAAAAGAAGUGGGGAAGGUGAAGAGGCGAAGGGUGGGGUGUGAGGGGGAGAAGCUGGUAGAGGAUGGCACAAGCUUGCUGCAAGAUAGGAUGGUGAAGCAAGGGGAGCGGGGAGAUUCGAAUGCUCAGGAGCAAGGCGGUGUUUCUGCUGAUACCGGUACUGCUGGUGGUGGUGGUGGUACUGUUGCUGCUGGUAGUGCUCCUGCUUCUGGUGCUAGAGCUAGGACCAGAGGCAGAAAGCAGCAGCAGCAGCAGCAGCAGCAACGGAGUGUUGAGGCUCCUAAGCAGGCACGAGGCAGGGGUGCUGCGAGCACAAAGCAGCAGAGGGGUCGACAGCAGCAGCACAAGGAAGAACGAACAGAGGAAGAGCAGGCGGAGCAGCAGGGGAAACAGGAGCAGGAGGCGAAUGAGGAGGAACAGGAGCAGCAGGAGCAAGGGCAGCAGCAGAAAGAGGAGGAGGAGGAGGUGCAGAAGCGGAAUGGUGGGGAGGAGGGAGAUAAGGGGAAGGGUGAAAGGGGGAAGGACACAGCAGAGAAGAGCACUGGGGAGGAGGAGAAGGAGGAGGAGAGAGAAGAGAGGAAGGAUGAGGGGGAAGGGAGGGAGGGAAAACACAGCGGGGAUGCAAUGGAGGUGGAGGGUAUGACAGGAGGGGGAAGUGGAGAGGAAAGGGGAGAGCAAGGGGAAGAGAAAAGGGGAGAGAGUGGAGAAGAGAAAGUGGGAAAGAACGAGGUGGGGACAGGGGGAGAGGAUAUUCAAAUGGAGGAGGUAGGAGAUGAUGUGGUGGAGGUGGGAGUUGUGAGAACAGGAGGUGAGGAAACAGUAGGUGAAACAGGAGUGGGCAAGGAUGAGGAUAUGGAUGCGGUUGUUGAGGUGACUCCCAGGGGUGAAGAGGUGAAGGGAGUGGGAUGUGGUGAGCGAGGGAAAGGGGAGGAGCAGAUGGGUGCGACCGAAGUGGCUGUUACUGAAAUAGGUGUGACUGAAAGGGGUGUGGUGGUCACGGUAGAUGCACCUCAAGGCAAUGGAAUGUCUCAGGAAGUUUCCCAGGAACCUGCAGAAGGGCCCUCGCAGGAGGUUUCAGAGGCGGGCGACGGGGCAGGUGAAGGGGCAGAAGCGCGGGCAGGUGAAGGGACAGGUGAAGGAACAGCGGACGAAUCAGAAUUGUCUCAGGCGUCCGCAGGAGCAAGGGGGGCAGGUAAAACGCGCAGCAGGGCGAGGGCACCCAGGGGCAAGGGCACGGGUGGGAAGAAAGGGAGAAAAGGUGCAUCUGGGGGAGGAGACGACAAGCAAGCCGGCGCGAUGUACGGGGGAGGCGAUGAGGAGGAGUACGAGCGGGAGCGGGAGGAGGAGGAGAUUACGCAGGAGGACGCGUGGGCGGUGAUCAGCGCGUACUUCGAGGAGAAGGGGCUGGUGCGGCAGCAGCUGGACUCGUUCAACGAGUUCAUUCAGGACACGAUGCAGAGCAUUGUGGACGAGUCCGCGGAGAUCGAGGUCCGCCCGCAGGCGCAGCAUCUCCCGGGGCGACCCAUGGACAACACGGAUGUACGCGCAGCACCUCCCUGCGCGGGGAGGACGGCGAGGAGGAGAGGAGGAAUAGAGGGAGGGAGGGAGGUGAGAGGGGCGGUCAUCGCUCAGCAAGUCGGUAAACUGAGUGCCUGGCGUUUGUGCUGCCACCAACUCACGCCCCCACCCUUCCCCCCCCGCUGGUCCCCCUCCAACCCCACCUCCCCGCCUUCUUCCCCCCUUCCCCCCUCCCCUCUCAAGAUGACAUGCAAGAUGACGUGCAAGGUGACCUUCGGGCAGAUCUAUCUAUCCAAGCCAACAAUGACAGAGCCGGACGGCGAGACCAACACGCUGUUCCCCAAAGCCGCGCGCCUGCGCAACCUCACGUACGCCGCGCCUCUCUAUGUCGACAUCACCAAGACCAUCACCACGCGCGGGGACGACGGGGAGGAGGAGGUCAGCACGGAGCAAGCCGACAAAGUCUUCAUCGGGAAGAUCCCGAUCAUGCUGCGAUCGAAUUAUUGCACGUUGCAUAACGCCACGGAUAAGGAACUCACGGAGCUGGGGGAGUGCCCGUACGACCAGGGCGGGUAUUUUGUUAUUAAUGGGAGCGAGAAGGUGCUGAUUGCGCAGGAGAAGAUGGCGAGUAACCACGUGUAUGUGUUUCAGAAGCGGCAGCCGAACAAGUACGCGUAUGUGGCGGAGGUGAGGAGCAUGGCGGAGAGGCAGAACCGCCCGCCGAGUGCCUGCUUCAUCCGCAUGCUCUCCCGCUCCUCCACCAAAUCGGGCUCGUCAGGGCAGGUGAUCCGAGCGACCCUCCCGUACAUCAAGGCGGAGAUCCCCAUCAUCGUGGUGUUCCGCGCGCUGGGCUUCGUGGCAGACAAGGACAUCAUGGAGCAUGUGUGCUACGACUUCACUGAUACUGCCAUGAUGGAGCUGCUCAGACCGUCCUUGGAAGAGGCCUUUGUCAUUCAGAACCAACAGGUGGCUCUGGAUUACAUUGGCAAGCGAGGCGUGCCGGUGGGUGCGCCACGAGAGCGAAGAAUAAAGUACGCCAAGGACAUUCUUCAGAGGGAGUUCUUGCCUCACGUGGGUGUGGGCGAGUUCUGUGAAACCAAAAAGGCCUACUUCUUUGGGUACAUGAUUCACCGGCUGCUGCUGUGUGCGCUGGGGCGGCGCAACGAGGACGACAGGGAUCACUACGGCAACAAGCGCCUGGACCUUGCCGGGCCGCUGCUUGCAGGGCUGUUUCGCCAGCUGUUCCGCAAGCUCACCAAGGAUGUGCAAGGGUACUUGCAGCGGUGCAUGGAUCACGGCAAGGAGAUCAACCUGUCGUAUGCAGUGAAGGCGAAGAUCAUCACAGGUGGACUCAAGUACUCUGUGGCCACGGGCAACUGGGGGCAGGCCAACCAGGCCGGCACCAAGGCUGGCGUCUCGCAGGUGCUGAAUCGUCUGGCCUAUGCGUCUUCUCUCUCCCAUCUGCGCCGCCUCAACUCGCCCAUCGGGCGCGAUGGCAAGCUGGCGAAGCCGCGGCAGCUGCACAACUCGCUGUGGGGCAUGAUGUGUCCUGCUGAGACGCCCGAGGGGCAGGCGGUGGGACUGGUGAAGAACCUCGCGCUCAUGACGUACAUCACUGUGGGGAGCAACGCCGCUCCCAUCCUGGAGUUUCUGGAAGAGUGGCUCACGGAGAAUCUGGAGGAGAUUUCCCCAGCGCUCAUCCCGCAGGCCACCAAGGUGUUUGUCAACGGCUGCUGGGUGGGCGUGCAUCGCGAUCCGGACGAGCUCGUGCGCACCUUGAGGCAGCUCAGGCGACAGCUGGACGUCAAUUCUGAGGUGUCUGUGGUUCGGGACAUCCGUCUCAGAGAGCUCCGCCUGUACACGGAUUACGGGCGGUGCUCGCGGCCGCUGUUCAUAGUGGAGAAGCAGCGGCUGCUCAUCAAGAAGCGCGACGUGCUGGCACUGCAGCAGGAGGGGUCGGGCAUCGGGUGGAACGAGCUUGUGGAGAAGGGGUUUAUUGAAUACGUGGAUACCAUGGAGGAGGAGACGACCAUGAUCUCCAUGACCAUCCAUGAUGUGACAUCAGCGCGGCUGAACCCCACGGAGGCCUACAGCGACACGUACACGCACUGCGAGAUUCACCCCUCGCUCAUCCUCGGUGUCUGCGCCUCCAUCAUCCCCUUCCCGGAUCACAACCAGUCCCCCAGGAACACGUACCAAUCAGCGAUGGGCAAGCAGGCGAUGGGCAUGUAUGUGACCAACUACCAGUCGCGCAUGGACACCGUUGCCUACGUGCUCUACUACCCGCAGAAACCCCUCGCCACCACGCGCGCCAUGGAACACCUCCACUUCCGCGAGCUGCCCGCUGGGAUUAACGCCAUAGUGUCCAUUCUGUCCUACUCGGGGUACAACCAGGAGGAUUCAGUCAUCAUGAACCAGUCGUCCAUCGACCGCGGCUUCCACCGCUCCAUCGUCUUCAAGUCCUACAGGGACGAGGAGAAGAAGAGUGGCAGCAUGGUGAACGAAGAGUUUGAGCGGCCCAACAGGGAGAUCACCAUGGGCAUGCGGCACGGGUCAUACGACAAGCUGGACGAUGAUGGCAUCAUCCCUCCGGGCUCGCGAGUGACAGCAGAGGAUGUGAUCAUCGGCAAGACGACGCCCAUCCCUCCGGAUGAGACGGGCGGUGUGGCUCAGCGGUUCAGCAAGCGCGACAUGAGCACGUGCCUCAAGCACAGCGAGACAGGCGUGAUCGACCAGGUGGUUCUCACAACCAACAACGACGGGCUUCGAUUCGUUAAGAUUCGCGUGCGCUCGAUCCGAGUGCCGCAGAUCGGGGACAAGUUUGCGUCGCGGCACGGGCAGAAGGGCACGAUCGGCAUGACGUACACGCAGGAGGACAUGCCGUUCAGCGCGGAGGGCAUUUCCCCGGAUAUCAUCGUCAACCCGCACGCCAUCCCGUCCCGCAUGACCAUCGGGCAUCUCAUCGAGUGUCUCAUGAGCAAAGUGGCCGCGCACAUGGGAAAAGAAGGGGACGCCACUCCCUUCACUGAUGUCACGGUGGACAAUCUGAGUCGCACAUUGCACAAGUGUGGGUACCAGAUGCGGGGGUUCGAGCGCAUGUACAACGGCCACACGGGGCGGCCGCUGCAAGCCAUGAUCUUCCUGGGUCCCACGUACUACCAGCGCCUCAAGCAUAUGGUGGAUGAUAAGAUCCAUUCCCGAGGGAGAGGGCCCGUGCAGAUUCUGACUCGGCAGCCAGCAGAGGGGCGGUCGAGGGACGGUGGGCUGCGGUUCGGAGAGAUGGAGCGGGAUUGCAUGAUUGCACACGGCGCGGCGGCGUUUCUCAAGGAGAGGCUGUUUGACCACAGCGACGCGUACCGCGUGCACGUGUGCGAGUUCUGCGGUCUCAUUGCGAUCGCCAACCUUAAGAAGGGCCUUCUGGAGUGCCGCGGAUGCAAGAACAAGACAGACAUCGUGCAGGAGCUCAUGGCCAUGGCCAUUGCGCCUCGCAUGCUUAUGCACAACCUUCACUCGUCUUGUCGUCUUUGUCCCCCUCCUUCAACCCAGGUGCACAUGCCAUAUGCAUGCAAGCUGCUGUUCCAGGAGCUCAUGGCCAUGGCCAUCGCGCCUCGCAUGCUCACUCGCGAGACUCCUGCGCCCAAGGCAAAGAAGAAGGCACCCGCUGCUGCUUCUUGA